AUGGCCUCCACCUCUCCACUCCACCUCCCUCUCUCUCUCCUCUCACUCCUCCUCCUCCUCACCUCCACCCUAACCGCCUCCGCCUCCCCCUCCCCCUCUCCCUCUCAGCCCCCUACCGCCGCCGGACCCACCAGCUGCUCCGCGGAGCUCGUCGCCUUCUCCCCGUGCCUCCCCUUCGUGGCCUCUUCCCCGAACAACAUCUCCUCCUCCCCUUCCUCCGACUGCUGCACCGUCUUCUCCUCGGCCUUCAACGCCAGCGCCGCCAGCUGCCUCUGCUACCUCGUGCGCCGGAACAUGUUCUUCGGCUUCCCUCUCAACUCGACGAGACUGUUCUCCCUCUCCUCUCUCUGUCCUCUCGCCAACGCCGGAUCCAACGCCAACGGGUCUCUCCAGUCUCUCUGUUCAGGGUUGUCGACACUGCCUCCUCUGCACGCCAUAGGUCCAGAGAAUCCAAGGACGCAUGAUUCUGGUCCUGAUAGUUCUUCACCUCCUGUGAAGAGCAGCUUAAUGCCAGAUUCUGAUGGCAUGCCAGAUUCUGAUGGUGUUUCAGAUGCAACACCAAGCCCUUCAACCACAAUGCCCGCACUUUCAUCUGCAUCAAAACAGCUAAACAACCACGGCUGCUGGUCUCCUCUUGGAACAAUUGUUUUUCUGGUUCCCAUCUUAACAUUUGCUGCCACACUACCCAUUGCUGAUCAUCACAAUAUACGUACAUGCACAUUUGUACUUUCGUCUUUGUGA